AUUGAACCUUCUAUCCGGUUCUAUCGAGCAACCGUUUAUUUACCGGACGGACAAUAAUGGCUGUUGCCCAACAACCUCGUUGUUUUCUGCGCUGUCCAGUCGCCAUUGACGGGUCACCGAUGUUUCAGUCCUCGCUCUGAAGCCGCCAUUACCUCCGUGGGUUUUGUGUGUCCUAGACAGACCAAUGUAACUGUUGGCGCUGUCAGCCAAUCCACAUCGCAGCGAAACACCGGGAAGGUCCUUUGCUGGUUGAUCUCGUUUAUUGUCUUAUUAAAAUCAUGUCCGGCUCAGGAGACUUACCAGCCAUAGAGGGUUCAGGGAUGGGAAUGAAGCUUCCCAUCGGGAUGACCCGACGAGCCCUCAGCUACGACGAUAACCUGGAGGCCCCCAUGUCCACGCCUCCUCAUGACAUCAGCAUCAACAACCUAUGGAGACGACCCGUCAUACCGGAAAGAAAGUUCGCACAACUGGCUGAGGAGGAUGAGAGUGGUGCAGUGAGUCAGUCCACAGGGCUGGGCUCCGCCUCCUCCAGGUCACCAGCUGUUGUGAAAACUAAGGCUUCCUCCGUCAUCAUGAGUUCUCUUAUCACCAAGCACACUCAUGAUAGUAUGUAUAAGUUUGAGCAGAGGGCGGGGCUUACUGACACCAGCUACACUCCCCACAAAGGCCUCACCGCUGAGGAGACGAGACACCACCACCGCAUUCCCGAUUCCCUCCAGAAACUGCAGAUCCAGAGCAUGGAGGCCCGAGAAGAGCGGCAGAACUCCUCCUCCUCCUGCCAGUCCACUCCAUCCAACACACCACACAGCUCCCCAAAACAACGCAGGACCUGGUUCGGCAGCACAGGUUCAGAGGCCAGCAUUAGCUCCGCCAACAGCAGUGUGGACAUCGGAGACACAGCAGCAGGUGGAGUAGGAGGUGCGGUCGAACGGUGGAGCAUGUUUGGGCCGCGGCCGCUUGUCCAAAAGUCGACAUCUGACCUGGGAUCAGAUUCUACGCAUGCAGAAGGCUUUGCGAUACAGGCAUACCGCGGUGCCCAGAAACCAACCCCCAUGGAGUUAAUGAAGUCGCAGGCCACAAGACUGGCCGACAACCCUGCCGCUCAGACGAUGGCCCCUCCCAGGAUGGAGAUUCCCACGGUGGAGGGUCGACGGCAUGGAGCUCGGCCACACAAGCUCAAACCCAGAGACAUGAACGUCCUGACGCCCUCUGGCUUCUAAGACCGAUCAUGACAUCUGUCAAACCUGCGUGUCACUCAGACACUAAAGGUCCCAUUAAAUAAAAACUUCUCUGUGUUGUUAUCAUGGAUUUCUGCACUGACUGUACAUUCUGGGUCUGCCUUUGUUCCUAAAGCAUAAAUCUGUUUUAUUACAACGUGGGUCUCAUUUUUGUAGUUUUGUACGUCAUUGCCCUUAGUGAUAAUAACACUGUACUCAACAAGGUUAUCACUGACUUCUGUGAUAGUGGCAAUACUGCUGAAAAAGUCAAAUGGGAGAAGUUGUAAACUUACAAACAGUUUAAAGAUGUAAACUGUAUGAUUGUCUGACCGCUUGUUCUUUCCCCACCAGACUUUCAUUGUAUCAAUCUCAGUGUUUUUCAGAUUUUAAAUCACUUAGAUAGCCAAAACCAAAAAAAUAAGACCCAAAUUGUAAUAAACUGGAAUUAUACUUUAAGAUAAUUAUUGCUAGCUGCAUGUGCAUCUGUUUGAAAGUUCCUCCUCAGUAACAGUCAGUUUUGGAGGAGACCAGCUAUUAUUAGCGUCUUGUUUUUUUUUUCCAUGUGAAAGACAUGGAAAACAAUGCAACCUCAAAGUAAUUUCAUGGGACCUUUAACAGCAGCUCCAACAUUCAGAUAACCACUGUACUGUCCACCAUCUUUGCCAUUGUAACACUUCUGGAUAAGAAAAAAAAAUUAGACCAUUUCUAUCUGCGUUGUUUUGAGGCAUUUACGGUGUUGUUUGGCUGUAAAAUCAAACUCGUGUAUCCUUCACUGUUUUAGCUUUUACAUCUAGCUGCUGAUGUUGGCUCAAGGAAACAAAUUCAGCAUGAAUAAAGCCCUUAAUCCAGAUAAGCUGGAGGGCAACUGGCUGAUCAUUAGAACUUAUCCAGUUGAGGGUGACGACGAUGGUGAUCCUAUCCCUUGUAAAUGCACUUUAUAUCCCCACUCUUCCCAGAGAUUGACCGUGAGAAAAGUUAAAUCUGUUUCAAUAUUAAUCGUCUUGUUUGUCCCGUCUGUCUCUGAAAAUCUUUCAUGCGUCGUCUUUGAGGGGCAUUUCACUAAGCAGGGUGGGAAGAAUGGGACUAACCCAUUCCUUAAGUGUGGUUUAAUACAAAUCAAACAAAAAGAACAAAACAAAAGUCCGAAAAAAAUUGUAAAAAUGUCUCAGGAAAUUUAGGAAAUUUGGCAGGCUCCUGCUCACUGAAACGUUCCACUUAUUUGUUUGUAACUUUUUUGAAAUGUUUAAUGUAUAAAUUAAGAUUUUUUUUAUCUGCUACUGUAGCAACCGAUUUGUUCCUUUUGGGAAAUGAGUGUGUGAGUGUGAAAAUUAGAGCUACAUGUGAGCCUCUUCUCCCCCCUUCUAUGGGUUUUGGUGUGAAACUGUUGAAUGAAGAGACAGCUGGUGUGGAUGCUGGCCGCAUCCCGCAGAAACCUUGUGUCACUCCAGUAAAAGCGAAAGAUCUUGUCACGGACAAACUUUUUUUGCAUUUGGCAAAAAAAAUGCUGUGUUCCCCUGACAAAUCACGUCGCCUUACAAUAGCUAUGUUAAAAGAAAUGAAGCGUCGUUGUUAUUAUUAUAAUUAUUGCAAUUUUAUUAUUAAGUGUAAAUGCUCUGUUCACUGUUAAUAAGGAGUUUUUUGUUUCAUGGGGUGAGCAUUUCAAAUACAAGUUAUUUGCCACCUGUAAGUCAGCCAGUGUCUUUUUCACCCCAGAAUGAUCCUAAAGCUGGACACAGAAAAACACACACUCUUAAAUAUUAAAUCAAUAUGACUGUUUCUGCUCCGUCAGAAUUUGUUUCAUAGUUUGUGAUCACAAGUGCUCUGUGUUGAACCUGUAAUGCUGUUCCCUUUAAGUCUCUCCCUGACUGAAAUAUCACAUCUGAACCUAUGUAUGGUAUUGUGACUCUAUAGUACAGACUGACUGAAUUACACUGUGUUACUGUUUAUCUCUUUUUUUUUCCAGUUUAUGGUUAACAGAUGUUUACCUUAAAUAAUAGGGUCUGUACAUUUUAUUUUUCUUUGCCAAAACAGUUAGGAAUUUGAGAAUAAAUGUUACAUUCUCAUCAGAAAAACAA